AUGUUCUUGCUGCGGAGGAAUCCAGCGCCCACCUCCACACGCGGCCGCCAGAUCCCGAUUCAAGUAGGCCGCACACGGCCCUUGGAGGACGAACGCCGACACAAGCCUUACAUCUCGAACCUGAUUAAGACUUCCAAAUACAAUGCCUUCGACUUCCUUCCCCGCCAGCUUCUCUACCAGUUCUCACGCUUGGCCAACGCGUACAUGCUGGUGAUUUCCAUUCUACAAGCCAUACCGGGAUUCAGCACAACCGGCAAAUUUACGACUCUGAUUCCAUUGUUGAUAUUCUUGGGACUCGUCAUCGCUAAGGAAGGAUAUUACGAUUGGAAAAGACAUCGCCAAGAUGCAAUUGAGAACAGGAGACAAGCUGUCGUCCUCCGCGACAUCGAUUCACUAUCUCCAGGCUCUGCUGCUUCUGUCGAACAGCCUUGGGACGAGGAUAACUCGACUGGGUCCCAAUGGACGUACACGAGGUGGAGAGAUCUGAAGGUCGGCGACAUCAUCUUGCUUUCAAGAGAUGAGGAUGUUCCGGCAGACGUCAUAAUCCUGCAUGCCGAUGGGGAGAAUGGAUUCGCCUACGUUGAGACGAUGGCCUUGGACGGCGAGACCAGUCUGAAGCCUAAGCAAAGACCAGCAGGCCUGCCCGACUGCAGCACCAUCAACAGAAUAGCAACAUGCCAGGCCACUCUACAAACUGAGGACCCCAAUGCGGACCUUUAUCGUUUUGACAGCAAAUUGACAGCGGACGGCAUAACACUGCCUCUGACACUGGAUCAAGUCGUUUACCGAGGCAGCACAAUCCGGAACACUUCACGGACUAUCGGAAUAGUCAUCAACACUGGCGAAGAAUGCAAAAUCAGAAUGAAUGCCAAGAGAGAGACGAGUCCGAAGAAACCAGCUCUCGAGUCCGUCACAAACACCAUCGUCAUAUUCCUAAUGAUGUAUGUGCUCAUCAGCUCGUCAGCCGCCACGGUAGCCUACGUUGUCUGGAAAGGCGCACAGGAGCGGUACGCUUGGUACCUAUCCAAUACAGCCAUCCCUUUUGCCGAUAUUUUUGUGGGUUUCAUCAUUAUGUUCAAUAAUGUCAUUCCUCUGUCCCUCUACGUGGGUUUGGAAGCCAUUAAACUGGGUCAAAUGAGCCUCAUUAGCGGGGACUUGGAGAUGUACCAUGAUGAGACGGAUUCUCCGGCUGGAGUAAAUACCACGAACAAUCUGGACGACCUCGGUCAAAUCAACUACAUCUUCAGCGACAAGACUGGAACCUUGACAGAAAACAUCAUGAAACUUCGAAUGGUCAGCAUUGGGGGGACAAGCUGGCUGCACAGUAUGAACGCGGACAAUGAGAUGAAUGGGUCUCCGGUCACUACAUCUGACCUCUCGACUGAGGAAAUGCUGGAUUACGUUCGAUCGCGCCCUGAAACACCACUUGCCGCCAAGAUAAGGAGUUACAUACUCGCAAUGGCGCUGUGUCAUACCUGUCUGCCAGAGCGGACAGAGGACGACCGAAUGGAAUUUCAAGCUGCAUCUCCGGACGAGCUUGCGCUAGUCAGAGGCGCAAGAGACCUGGGAUUCGUCGUCACCCACCGAUCCUCACAAUUUAUAACAGUACAGAUAUCCCAUACGGACGGAAAUAGCUCUACUGCUGUGUAUGAAAUCUUGGACGUUAUCGAGUUUAGCAGCAAGCGCAAGAGAAUGUCCGUCAUUGUCCGCUGUCCCGAUGGAGGGCUUUGGCUCAUCUGCAAGGGUGCAGAUUCCAUCAUGCUGCCGCGACUCAAGACGGCCCCUGCAGAUAUAAGAGGAAGAAGUGAUAGAAUGGGAGCUGCACUUCAAAACGCACCAAAAUCAUCCUCUGGCUGGUCCGAUGGACGGCCACGGCAGAUGGAUGGCAAUGUUCAAGAAAUCGAGGAAAGAUCUCCGUCGUUGUACAGCCGUGCUUCACUUCCCGCCAGUGAUUCAUGGAUUCCUCUGCGAGCGCGCCGUCUGCAUCCCGAUCAUUCAAAUAACAGUUCUUCUGAUGAGCGACAGAGACGCUUCAGCUUCCUGGAGACCGCUGAUGUCGCCAAUGAUGCGCAAGUGAUUCGGGAAUGCUUCACUCACAUUGAUCACUAUGCUACCGAGGGACUACGUACUCUGGUAUAUAUGGAUAGGUUUCUCGAUGCACAUGAAUAUGAGAAUUGGAAGAAGCUCUAUCACGAGGCCGAAACAAGUCUGGAAAACCGCCAGCAGCGCAUUGAGGAGGUCAGCGAGCUCCUAGAACAGAAUCUCGACCUGGUCGGUGCGUGUGGCAUAGAGGACAAGCUGCAAGACGGAGUCCCAGAGACCAUUGAGAAGAUGCGCCAGGCCGGCAUCAAGGUCUGGAUGCUGACCGGGGACAAGCGCGAGACUGCUAUCAACAUAGCCCACUCGACUCGCCUGUGUGGGCCUGAUUCGACAAUCCACGUACUGGAUGUACACGAGGGAGACCUCGAGCUGCAAAUCGCGAACAUCACCGACACUGUCCAAUAUCGCGUGGACACGGUGUACUCGGACCCGUCCCGCUCGCAUGCUGCUAUUGUGGUCGACGGCGAGACUCUCACAGCCAUCGAGGAUCCAUCCGCCGGGCAUUUACGCCGCCUCUUCACCAAUGCCGUGACUACUGUAGACUCGGUCAUUUGCUGCCGGGCCUCACCGGCUCAAAAAGCCUUUCUCGUCAACAUGAUACGCAAAGGGCCCUCAUCCGAGGAAAAGCCGGGCUUCUUCUCUUUUUCCUGGCUCAAGCCUCGUGCCAAGCGGCCAAUAACUCUCGCCAUCGGCGACGGCGCCAAUGAUCUGGCCAUGAUUUCAUCCGCCAACGUCGGAGUCGGCAUAUCUGGCCGUGAGGGCCAGCAGGCAGCUCGCGUGGCCGACUUCAGCAUAUCUCAGUUCCGCUUCCUGUCUCGCCUGGUGCUAGUCCACGGGCGGUGGAACUAUUACCGGACAACUCGCUUCAUCCUAGCAACUUUUUGGAAGGAAGCCUUCUUCUACUUCCCUCAGGCCUUGUUUCAGGGACAGACCGGCGCGACUGGGACCAGCCUGUACGAGCCGGGCAGUCUCACAUUCGUGAGCUUCUUCACGGCAGCGACUAUACUGGUAAUUGGGACCUGGGAGCAAGACCUGAAAGCCCGCACGCUCAUGGUCAUCCCAGAGCUGUUCAAGUACGGACAGAAUGGAGAGGGUUUGAACACAGGGGUCUACCUGCGAUGGGUCGGCAACGCCCUUCUUGCCGGGCUCAUUGUUUACGCUGGGUGCUGGUCGGGAUACGCCGGUUCUGAAUUAAUUGACGACGCAGGACUCUAUGCACAGGGACUUCUGACCUUUGUCGUAUGCACAAUCUGGAUCAACAUUAAGCUUUUGGUCGUCGAAUUACACCACAAGACAAGAGUCGUUCUGUGGUCUAUUCUCGGCAGCAUAGCCGGCGUAUGGGCCUACGCGCUCGUCGUUGCGGCGAUAUCUGGCCCGAGCGCGGGUCCCUACUCUGUCCGGGGCGGCCUGCUGGGAACGUUUGGGCGGGAUCCUGCAUGGUGGUCUUCUGCGAUCUUGGUCCUGGGAGCGCUUAUUCUGAUGGAAAUGGCAUCCGGUGCGCUGCUGCAAAACCAUGCUCUGCGAGCUUGGUUAUUGCGAUGCUGGUCGUCAAGCGUCAGCGCAAGCAAGAGGAGAGGAGGAGGCGUGCGCGAAGGGUUUGACGCUUGGGAGCCUCGGCUGUGGCAGGAGAUGGAGAAGGACACGGGCGUCAAGCUUGCAGUGGACAGACUGUGGAGAGAAGAAUGUGGCGAUUUGAGAGACCAGAGGAGUGAUGUCCAGGAAAACUAA